AUGUUGUCUCGAGCUCUCCGACUUCCCAGGGCUGUGCCUAUGCGCACCAAGCUCGCCGCUCCCGCUUUCACUGCCAUCCGCUCAGUCACCACUGACGCCGCUUCUGCGUCCCUGAGCCACUCAGUCCCUAAGGCCGAAGACGAGCCUUUCUCUGUCAACCUCAGCGAUGAGAGCUUCGAAACCUACGAGCUGGACCCUCCUCCUUACACCCUGGAGGUCACUAAGAAGGAGUUGAAGGACAUGUACCGCGAGAUGGUCAUCACCCGACAGAUGGAGAUGGCGGCCGAUCGUUUGUACAAGGAGAAGAAGAUCCGUGGUUUCUGCCAUUUGUCCACCGGACAGGAGGCUGUUGCCGUUGGUAUUGAGCAUGCCAUCACCAAGGAGGACGAUAUCAUCACUGCCUACCGAUGCCACGGCUACGCUUUGAUGCGUGGCGCCUCUGUCCGAUCCAUCAUUGGAGAGCUGCUUGGUCGUCGUGAGGGUAUCUCUUACGGUAAGGGUGGUUCCAUGCACAUGUUCGCCAAGAGCUUCUACGGCGGUAACGGUAUCGUCGGUGCUCAGGUCCCCGUCGGUGCCGGUCUUGCUUUUGCUCACAAGUACAACGGCAACAAGAACGCUUCCAUCAUCCUCUACGGUGAUGGUGCCAGCAACCAAGGUCAGGUCUUUGAGGCUUUCAACAUGGCCAAGCUCUGGAACCUUCCUGCCCUUUUCGGUUGUGAGAACAACAAGUACGGUAUGGGUACCGCUGCUGCUCGUUCCUCCGCCUUGACCGACUACUACAAGCGUGGUCAGUACAUCCCUGGUCUUAAGGUCAACGGCAUGGACGUCCUUGCCGUCAAGGCCGCCGUCAAGUACGGUAAGGAAUGGACCGCUGCCGACAAGGGUCCUCUUGUCCUUGAGUACGUUACCUACCGAUAUGGCGGUCACUCCAUGUCCGACCCCGGCACCACCUACCGAACCCGUGAGGAGAUUCAGCGCAUGCGCUCCACCAACGAUCCUAUUGCCGGACUUAAGCAGAAGAUUCUUGACUGGGAGAUCACAUCUGAGGAGGAGCUCAAGAAGAUUGACAAGGAGGCUCGCGCCCACGUCAGCGAGGAGGUUGCUGCUGCUGAGGCCAUGGCCGUCCCUGAGGCCAAGCCCGAGAUUCUGUUCGAGGACAUCUACGUCCGUGGUUCCGAGCCCGAGUACAUCCGUGGCCGUAUCCCCGAGGAGAACCACUACUUCCAGUAG